CCGAACUUGCGCCAUGUGAGUUGAGUAAUCAUCGUAAUCAUCGUCCUUGCCGCGGCUCUCGAGAAGAAAAUCAGUUCCAGCUGUUUAUGCUUGUUUGAUUUGCAAUUAUCGAGCUAUGAUAGUUCCAAUUGGACGCCUAUUGUUAUUACCAUAGAUCGCGUUUCAAUUACUGUACAUAACAAACGAAAUGUGGCGAGAGCAGCAGCUGUUUCGAUGAUGACCCGAGGAAGUAAAACCGCGAUUCGCGAAUCCUAAUGUCAACAUCGGAAGACGGGUCCGAUAUACGAAAACCAAAACGAAUUGCAACAAUAUGUUACGAACACUGGUCGGUUGUUGGAGGUGGCGGCAUCGGACAGAUGGAACGCUGCUGCAAAUUUACAGCCGUCAUUUCGUUGGCCGAAUGGCGAUAAUUUCCACCGGCGGCGUUUUGCGUGAUGAGCUGAGCAAUAAUUGCGCAACACUGUCUAACAGUUGUCCGCUGGUGCGGCGGAGUGGUGUUAGUUCGACCCGAGUCCUGGAUGAGCGGUGGCCGCGUUCUAGUUUAUGUACCUCCAAUAGCGUUAGUAGUUUACUAUUAAGAGAAUUUAGCAGUCAAGUUAAGAGUAAGGAAAACGAACCAAAGGGCUUACUGCAGAAGCUGGGACAGAAUCCAUACGCAAGACUAAUGAGAAUUGAUCGACCGAUUGGAUCCUGGCUGUUGUUUUGGCCGUGCGGAUGGAGUAUAGCUUUAUGUGCACCCGCUGGGUGCUGGCCGGAUCCGGUGAUGUUGGCUUUGUUUGGUAUGGGAGCGUUUAUAAUGCGGGGUGCCGGUUGCACCAUAAACGAUAUGUGGGAUAAGGAUAUUGACGCCAAAGUUGUCAGAACCAAGGGAAGACCUCUGGUGGCCGGUGAGUUGAGUCAGCUGGAUGCUUGGGUGUUUCUAUCGACGCAGUUGGGAGUUGGUUUGUUGAUACUGCUUCAGCUAAAUUGGUACUCGAUUGUUCUUGGAGCAAGUUCUCUCGGGCUAGUCAUUAUUUAUCCACUGAUGAAGCGCGUAACACAUUGGCCACAGUUGGUGCUAGGUAUGACCUUUAAUUGGGGCGCUCUGCUGGGUUGCAGUGCUGUUCAGGGUUCAGUGAUGUGGUCUGCCUGCUUACCGCUCUAUCUGGCAGGAGUCUGCUGGACAAUAGUGUACGAUACCAUCUAUGCCCACCAGGACAAGGUGGACGACAUUCUGCUUGGCAUCAAAUCAACGGCUAUUCGAUUCGGUGACAACACGAAGCUGUGGCUUAGUGGAUUUUCAACGGCUAUGAUUGGAAGUCUAAUAACAUCGGGAAUUGCGUGUGAGCAAUCGUGGCCGUAUUAUGCGGCCUUAACAGUGAUCUCUUCACAUCUGGCGCAACAAAUUUAUACACUCAACAUCAACAACCCGACGGAUUGUGCCACCAAAUUCAUCUCCAACCAUCAAGUUGGGUUCAUCCUAUUUCUGGGCAUUAUAGCAGGAACAUUGUACAAAGGAUUCAGCAAGAGUAGUGCCACCGCUAGUUCCACACCUUCAUCUGCCAUUCUAGUGGCUACGGCAAAUCAGGCCGUACCGAGUAAAACCGCAGCCGGACGGAAUGCGAUCGUUUAAUAGCUAACUUAAUUUUUCAAAUCAACGUGUUAAGAUGCGUGUGGCUAAUUCAAUUUAGGCGCUGAUUGUGGCAUGGAAGCAUGUGCUUUAAUGAUGAAAUAAAUCGGGUAAUUUGUUUUAAGAACGCUUAUUCCUCCAGCCAGCCUUUCGAAAAACACUUACACAUGUGCAUUCAAAUUCCAUAGUUUUGUUGUACAUUGAUCUUCGUUUCCUUUCAUACACGGAAAAAAUAUUCCUCCCAAAACAUUUCUUUGUAGAAUACCUACUCACAGAAACUAACUAG